UUUCAUUGCCCAUCGGACAGACGAGUAGAAAGAAACAUUUAUCAAUCAACCCUCAGCCAGCCCCUCUGGACUCUCGAAGGUCUCUCUCUCCUGUCUUCGUUUGCCAUAAUUUCAGAACACGGAGAGACAGAGAGAAGCCAAAGGAUGGGAGAAGAGAAAGUGAAAGAGGAGGCCAUGCGGAUUAUUGGGAUGUUCCAAGUUCUUCCUCGUUUGGUCGUUUUCGAUCUUGAUUACACUCUCUGGCCUUUCUAUUGUGAAUGUCGCUCCAAACGUGAAAUGCCAUCUGUGUACCCCCAUGCUAAAGGCAUAUUAUCUGCACUCAAGGACAAGGGAAUUGAUCUAGCUAUUGCCUCAAGGUCUCCUACUGCAGAUAUCGCAAACACAUUUCUUGACAAAUUGAGUAUCAAGCCUAUGUUUGUUACCAAGGAGAUUUUUUCUAGCUGGACACACAAGACGGAUCAUUUCCAGAGAAUUCAUUCACGGACGGGGAUUCCCUUCAACUCGAUGCUCUUUUUUGAUGAUGAGAACAGGAACAUACAAGCUGUCUCUAAGAUGGGAGUGACAAGCAUAUAUGUGAGUAAUGGGGUUAAUCUCGGAGCAUUGCGACAAGGGCUAACAGAAUUCACUAAAAAUCAGAAUGCAUCUGAGAAGAACAAGCAGAAAUGGCUCAAAAAGUACUCUCAAAAUUCAAAUGCAUCAGAUAAGAACAACCAGAAAUGAGUGUUCUUAAUUCUUAUAUGUUAGUCCUUGGUCUACAGUAUCAGAAAAUCAAGAUUAUUUAAAAAAAUUAUCUGGAUAUUAUUGGAAACCACAUUCAGUUUAUAAAUUAAGAUAUGUUGUAGACUUGUGUUGCCUUCUGGAGCACUUGUAUCGAAUGAUUCAGGAAUCAGGAGUUUAUCAAUUUUAUCAGAAAUUGCAGAGAAUACCCCACACGGAUGUUGUGUGGAAGUAGUUUUGAACUCAGUAA